AUGCCUAACGGAGAAUUGCAAGAAGGAUUAUUCAAGCCAUCUUCAGAGAGCUCUGUACACUACAUGUCACAGCCUAGUGCCUCAAAGAAUGUAGAUCUUCAUACACGCUUCGUGGGGGAAGUGGACCUGCCGGAACACCAAGAACCUCUGCUCGCGGAGACAAAAAGACGCUUUGUGCUUUUUCCUAUCCAGUAUCAUGAGAUCUGGCGUAUGUACAAGGCGGCGGAAGCUUCCUUCUGGACAGCGGAAGAAAUAGACCUCUCGCACGAUAUCGUGGAUUGGAAUACUCGUCUCAACGAUGACGAACGGCACUUCAUAUCGCAUGUACUGGCAUUCUUUGCUGGCUCGGAUGGUAUCGUAAACGAAAACCUCGUAGAACGAUUCUCAAAUGAGGUACAAGUAGCCGAAGCGCGCUGCUUUUACGGUUUCCAGAUAAUGAUGGAGAACAUCCACUCCGAGACGUACUCUCUACUCAUUGACACAUAUAUCAAGGACGAGAAGCAGAGAGAACAUCUGUUUGACGCAAUAGAGACAAUCCCAUGUAUCAAAAAGAAGGCUGACUGGGCGUUACGGUGGAUAUCUGACAAGCAAUCCUCAUUUGCGGAGCGACUGGUCGCGUUCGCGGCGGUGGAGGGCGUCUUCUUCUCUGGCUCGUUUGCGUCCAUCUUUUGGCUCAAGAAGCGCGGUCUCAUGCCUGGGCUCACAUUUUCAAACGAAUUGAUCAUCCGUGACGAGGGCAUGCACACUGACUUUGCAUGUCUCCUGUACCGCCAUCUCAAGCGACGGUUACAUCCGGACGUCAUUCUGAAGAUUGUCAUGGAGGCGGUAGCCAUCGAGAAGGAGUUCCUUACAGAUGCGCUACCAUGCGCACUAAUCGGGAUGAACUCCAAGCUUAUGUGCCAAUAUAUCGAGUUCGUUGCGGAUCGGCUUCUUGUCUGCCUUGGAAAUGAGAAGCGUUAUCGUGUGACGAAUCCGUUCGAUUUCAUGGAUAUGAUCUCGCUCCAGGGCAAGACCAAUUUCUUCGAGAAACGGGUGUCCGACUACGCCAAGGCGGGUCUCAACCCUGCCGAACGUUCACAAUCAAGCACAGAUAAUGGACAUGGUAACAAAUACUUUUCGUUGGAUGAGGAUUUUUGA